GGUGUGAAACAAUGCAAUCACUGAACGACUGAUUGAAGCAAACAUUGCAUUCAAAAAACCAAAGAUAUCUUAGUGUCGGUGAUAUCGCCAUCAGUUGUGUCCACACAAUCUCCUCCGCAGUCAUGUCUGUACCGCAACGUAACUCCGGGACAACGGGUUGGCCUAAAGGACAGACACCCACUCAGUAUUCCGGCAAAUACUUGACGUCUAACAGCAUUCUGUCGGUGACUGUCAACCGGACCAUCAAUUUGUAUCCGCUGACGAACUACACGUUCGGAACAAAGGACGCGCUCUUCGAGAAGGACCCGUCAGUUCCGGCGAGGUUUCAGAGGAUGAGAGACGAGUUCGAGAAGAUUGGGCAGAGAAGGAGUGUUGAGGGCGUCCUUCUGGUCCACGAACACAAACUGCCGCACGUUUUGCUGCUUCAGUUGGGAACCACUUUCUUCAAACUGCCCGGCGGUGAGCUCAACGCUGGCGAGGACGAGUUGGACGGACUCAAGCGACUCAUGACUGAAACUCUGGGCCGUCAGGACGGCGUUGUGCAGGAGUGGGACAUCGAGGACACAGUGGGCAACUGGUGGAGGCCUAACUUCGAGCCCCCGCAGUACCCCUAUGUUCCUCCGCAUAUCACGAAACCUAAAGAACAUAAGCGACUCUUUUUGGUUCAGUUGCCGGAGAAGGCGUUGUUUGCUGUGCCCAAGAACUACAAACUGGUGGCCGCGCCGUUGUUCGAGUUGUACGACAACGCCCAGGGAUACGGACCCAUCAUCUCCAGUCUGCCGCAGGCUUUGAGUCGUUUUAACUUUAUUUAUAUGUGAAUACAUCGCUACACAUGUCCUAUACAUACAGACCUAUCAUUCAUUUAUUAAUUGAUUAAACAUUAAAGCAAUUGCUUAAUAAUUUUUGUAUCAUUUCUUAUACUUUCCAAACAUUUAUUUAAUGCCA